AUGUCUUCCAAGACCAUCGAGCAGCUGAUCGACGGCCAGCGCCAGGACAUCGAAGGCAAGCAGGAGAUGGAAACGGCCGCAAACCACAAUCUGGCGCUCCGCAGAGUCGUCCAGGCACGUAUCCUUCUCGGCAACAGUGUGUCUGAGUUGGAGGCUCUCGACUCCCUCACAGACGAGUGGAAUGCUGAGGUCGACCAGCUUGAAACCGCAGCCAUCGAAAUCCACCUACAAUGCGACUACGCCGUGAAAGAAGCCAACACCAUCCUGGAGGCUCUGAAUGGCCUGCUUGCCAAUACGCUGCCGUUGCAAGAGUGCCUCUGGAUCGAGCUUGAGCUGAGGCAGGAGAGCGCACUGGCUGCUACACUGGAGCUCACCAAAGUGCUCGACAAAUUUGGCGCCUCUAUCACUGGUCCGGAACAAGCUCAGCAGCUCGGAGUGAAGGAGAUGAAGUUGCGCGCUCAGCAUGUCUUGUCCAAGCUCAAGGAAUCGAAGGAUGUCCUCGCACAGCUGCAGAAAGAGGUGCAGGUCAGCAUGGGAAGUCAGCAUCGAGUGUAUACCUGAGCACAGAGAGGAUACUUGCAAGGACACACGACUAUCGUAGCGAGGCAUUGAUUGAUCAGCGAGUGCUCAAAGGCAAAACAAAUCAGCAAAGCUUCAUUGGGCUCAAGUUGCGGUUGUGUAAGCCUUCACCACCUUGGAUGCUCUCACAGUGAGGCGUCGAUGCGAGGACGAGCACCAUUGGAUCUGGAGUGGAUCGGGAGAGGAUCCCCGCCGAUGCUAAGACCCUUGUGAGUUCGUGGAUCUGCAGUCAGUGGAUAUGAGCUCGCACUGACAAGCACAUCAGGAGUGGACUAUGGCUGAGACGGAGCUGGUUGUUGACUGCGCCUUUGGCGGAGAGACGCCUCGGACGCUUGAUGACGCAAAUCGCAACUCAGAAUUGUUUGACCUCCUCUUUAUCAACAAGACGUGCCUCUUCAUCAUCUCAUCCACUACCAUCUUCCCCGAUAAACUGUCUCAAGAUACCUCGCAACGUUGA